AUGAGUGUCGCCAAAAGUGAACCUAUCCUCAUCGUCGGGGGUGGCGCGUUCGGUCUUUCGACUGUCGUUCAUCUGCUCAAGGCGGGUUACAAAGAUAUCACUGUGCUUGACAAAGACGAUGAGAUCCCUUCUCGAUGGUCUGCUGCCAAUGACCUUAACAAGAUUGUCAGGGCUGAAUACGAAGACCCAUUGUACCAAGACCUUACUGUGAAAGCCAUAAAAGCCUGGCAAACGCCUUUCUUUGCUCCCCAUUUCCACCAAGUCGGUUUCCUCCACUGUGUUUCUGGAAACGCACCGAAAGAGGCUCACGACACCCUCAACCGCUUCCGUACCGCUGCUGAGCGAGAUCCUCGUCUCAAGCCGCACUUGAGCCCUCUUAACUCACAAAAGGAUAUCGCAGACGCAGCAUGGCAAUAUAAUGAAAGCUCGUUCCCUGGCUGGACCGGCUACUUCAACAGAUUUGAUGGAUACGCAAACUCUGGUUCAGCAUUGCGCUCUAUCUACCAGGCUACCAAAGCACAGGGCGUGAAGUUCAUCCUCGGUACUGCUGGCGCUAUAUCCGAGAUCGUCUAUGAGAACACAUCUUCCGGACGGACGACGAAAGGUGUCAAGACUAUAGGUGGCCUGUUCUACCCUUCGAAGUUCGUCAUCAUAUCAGUCGGUGCAGCGGGCGCUAAACUUGUACCCGAGAUCGGAAAGCAACUCGUGGCGAAAUCUUGGUCUGUCGCCCAUCUUCACCUGACUGACGAUGAGGCGGCUGCGCUACGCGGUAUCCCAGUAACCUAUGCUCGUGACCUGGGUUUCUUCUUCGAGCCUGAUCCGAAGACCAACCUGUUGAAGCUUUGCCCUAUGGGUGGAGGCUUCAUCAACACUGAUCCCAACACGGGGGUAUCCCAUGCCCCUACAGAUCUCAAACAAAGCGCCUUUCUGCCUGAGGCUGAUGAUAAACAACUUCGUGAGCUUGUACGACAGACUCUUCCGCAAUUCGCCGACCGACCAUUUGUUAAGAAGACCCUUUGUUGGUUCGCCGACACUGUAGGGUCGGACUUUAUCAUCGACUACGUGCCCGACACAUCGUCCUCGGUGCUCUUCUUAUCUGGCGAUAGCGGCCACGGGUUCAAGUUCUUCCCCAUCUUCGGGGAAUGGGUGAAGGAUCUUCUAGAGUCGGAUAAGGGAGAGCAGCCGGUUGCGAGAUGGAGGUGGAAGAACCCAAAGACAGAUGAGAAGCAAGGUGAUUGGGGUGGUACUAUAAUGCAUGAUAUUGCGUCCUUCAACCGGUUCCCUGGUGCAGCAAAGGACCUCAUAGCGGUGCUGACUGACCUGCAUGAAGAGGAGCAUUGGCAAGUUGACACCAUGAGCAAAGCCCUCGACCGCAUUGAGAAUGGUUUCAUCGCCAUCCAGAAGAACAUCGCCCCCAAUCUCGCUGAUCAUGUUGCUGAGCAAACUCGGGUGUACCUCGAUGAUGAUUUCAAUAUGAGUCCCGUCGUGGCGGACGAUAUCGGCGAGUCUCUCCUCUAUCAACGAUUGUCGGAGGGGACUCCUCCAUCGGCAAGCAUUAGCUACCCUGAUUGGUUCUACUUAUCCUGUAUCUAUGGACCUGGGAACUGCAAGCUUGAGCCAUUCCGAGUUUAG